AUGUACAUCCAGCGGCUCCUCACCCCUCUCCUCAUACUCCUGGUACCCAGCUUUUUGCUAGCCUCAGACAUAGAGUCUACUCGUUGCAUCCUCUCCAUCGCCGAAGCCGUAUCUCGCCUCUCGUUCACAGGCUCAUUAUCCACACCCCAGAAAUCAGAUGCAUGCACCAACAAGCUGCGCACUUACUCCAUAUAUGCUGCAGCGACGUUGUAUUGCUCAUCGACGGAGAUCGAAGAUGGGUUGGAGGUCCUCGACGACGACUGUAGAAAGGAUGGGCUGCAAAGGAUUCCGUAUGAUACUGUUCAACCAGAGCUGACGGAGCGGUACCUUAGUAGCUUGCGGGUGGUGGAGUAUGGAGAGGUAUCGAGGAGUGUGGAGCUGGAUGAGGUAGUGGUGGUUUCGCGCGAUUGGUAUUGGAGGGUAGUUAGGACGAAUCGGGCUUGGGAGUUCGAAAUGUGGGCGCAUCAUGCAUUUGGCUACUUUUCUGGCGCACAGUGGCGCGGUAUAAGACGUGAUCCCGAAGGCCACGCUUCAAUUAUCGAUUAUCGAAGCUCUCUCCUAUUCCCCCCUUCCAGACGGAUGCAACACUGGAUUAGAACCUAUUUCAUUAUCCCAGCGGCGUUCGGAACUCACCACCAACGACUACUUUACUGCUGGGACGAUAUAUUCACUCAAGCAUUUCGAUAUGUAUCAGAUAGAACUGGCGUAAUGGCAUAUGCGAACUUGUCUCUUCUUUGGCUCUUCGGCUCCCGCAACAAUCCAUUCCUAUGGGCGACGGGAUGGAGCUUCGCGACGUUCAAUAUUUUCCACCGGGCAAUUGCCAGGGUGGCUACAAUCCAGGCUAUUAUCCAUUCAAUUGGAUAUACGGUGCUCACAUUGGAAGGUCAGAGAAUUUACCACAUCCAUGGAUUUAGCUGGAAGCUCUUUGUUGACUUGAUGGAUCAUAUUCCUUAUAUUGGCCCUCACCAUGGUGGUAUAUGGGUGUCAUUGCACACAAGCAUCUUCAAGGGCAAGUUCAAUCUGUAUGACCGGUACCUGUGGCCGGUCGUCGUUAUAUGGGCUUUAGAGAGAUUUGCCCGUCUCGCGAGAUUAACAUCUUGCAAUCUUCAUCUGCGCCUCCACAAGAAAUCGAUUGCGUACACAAAGAGUGUGGUAUCGUACAGUGAAGCAUCGGACAUCAUCAAGCUGGAGAUUACGCCCGGAUCUUGCAACUUACAUCCCAAACCAGGCCACCAUUAUUACAUCUACCAACCAGUGCGAUGGCAAGGAUAUGAAAGCCACCCUCUCACUGCUGGCAGUUGGACAGUUCUGGGUAAUUAUGUCGAACAUUACCCUUCCGCCGAGAGCAGCGUUUUAUCUUCCGCGAGCACUUCGGUACAAUCCGGAACUGGCACCCCAAUAGCGUUCAAGAAGAACAUUACGGGGGACCUCACUGACGCACAAUACAAACUUGUGUUCUGGAUACGGCCUUUUAAUGGCUGGACUAAACGUCUCCGAUCUGAGUGCCUCAAAUCGCCAAAACAGUCAUUAACGACGAGUUUCCUGAUAGAAGGACCAUAUUACUGUGCAAUCGAACUCCAUACCUUCGAAAACGUCAUCCUCAUCGCUGGAGGCACUGGUAUUGCAGCUGCCCUUCCACAUAUCGAGGAGCAUUUGCGGCGCACAGGAUCAAUGCCCUCCCAUGAUACUAUACUCAUAGCACAGUCAUCGGUAUCUUCCCGCCUCCCCUCCUCGCCCUCCUCUUCAACGAGUCUCCUGGAACCACAUCUCCCCAUAGAUCCUCCGCGCACUAGAACGAGUAAUAUCACAUUUGUGUGGACCACACGACAAGCCGCAUUUAUCCAUGAGGUAGCAACCCGCGAACUUGGCCCAGCCCUCAGGAGAGCAGAUAUAACCACUCAAUUCUACUACACCGCCUCAUCACAAUCGCAAACAUAUCGUCCCUCCUACAGCAUAGACUUGCGAUCCCAGCAAAAUAUGACGGACGAGGGCACGGCUCUCCUGCCAUCGUUUGAUGGCAUAGAUAACAAGGCCGCUAUAUACAGUGAUUGUCCUACGUUCCCGAUGAUUGAUAUCCAGCCCGGAAGGCCAGAUAUAGGGAAUAUAAUCAUGGCCAGUGUACGGGAGGCUGGCGAUCAAAGGACGCGUGUGAGGACGGCAGUUUUGGUCUGUGGACCGGCGGAGAUGGCGGACGAAGCUCGGAUGGCCGUCCAUGCAGUUUUGAAGCAGGGGUAUAGGGAUGUGGAGUACUUUGAGGAAUCAUUUGGGUGGUGAGUGAGAGGUGUAUAGAUAAAUAUAUAUAUAUAUCCCUUGAUAUUUCGAUUUUUUAUGUUUAUUUUUAUGUGAAUAUGGCGGGUUAUGAGCAGCAUGGUGUUUCUCUACUCUUUAUAUAUUUAGAUGUUUUUACUUCGGAUGAAGUUUUAACUAUGAUG